CCAACUGCGAUAGGUGGGGUCGGAAAGGGGCUGAAAACGGUAACUCUGGCAUUAAGAGGCCAUUUGGGCUUUGUCCGGAACGUCAUCGUUCCGCCACCGGGGCGUUGAACGGUUGCCCAAACUUCCAGAAGCAGUUGAUCGUCGACUCUUACCUACUGUUCGACCCGGCUUAAGAAGUUACACCAUGUCGGACCCAAACCCGGCCCCUACUGGGCGUCUUCUCUCCCAUUUCGCAAACAGAGAUCGGCAGCAGCAGAGCGCCGGCUGGUCCGAGCUAUGGGACGCAGACGAGAGCCAGCUCUGGGAUCGCGGGAUGCCGUCUCCCGCCUUGAUUGAUUUCCUCGACUCGGAGGGUGCCUCGCGCCUGACUGGAACGGAGGAUGGUCGCCGACCGAAGGCGCUUGUACCGGGCUGCGGACGGGGAUACGACGUGGUCAUGCUCGCCCUGCAUGGCUUCGACGCCUUUGGUCUUGAAGUCUCUCCAAAGGCCGUCGAGACGGCAAGAGAUCACGCCGAAAAGGAGCUCGCGAAACCGAGUGCAUACAGCUUUGCUGAUCAGGACGAUAAGCGCCUGACUGGCGCAGCAAAGGGAAUUGUUACUUUUGUGUGCGGCGACUUCUUCCAGAAUGACUGGGAAGCCGGGUGCUUCAGUGCCGGCGAACCUCGGGGGUUUGACUUGAUUUAUGACUACACUUUCCUAUGCGCUCUGCUGCCCGAGAUGCGGAAGGACUGGGCACGAAGGAUGAAGGAACUUCUUCGGCCCUCGGGUCUUCUUGUGUGCCUAGAGUUUCCGCUAUACAAAGACUUGACGGCACCCGGACCGCCGUGGGGCCUGCAGGGCGUACACUGGAAUCUUUUGGCAGAGGGUGGCGAUGGCAUCGUCGAUCAACAAACGUCAACGCUUGCUACAACUGGUGGCCAGGGGUCGUUCAAGAGGAUUCUUUACAUAAAGCCUGAGCGGUCGUAUGAGGUCGGUCGGGGAACAGAUAUGCUGAGUGUAUGGACUUUGAAGAGAGAAAGUUGAAUACAGGCCAUCAAGUAUGGCACUGGAGUGAGGUAGUUAGCGUACGUUUGCUCCUGCUGUCUCUUAUAAUCGUCGUCCGUUAGGCGGCAUAGUACCUGCUUCGCGUCAACCUAAGUCAUGAGCUACCUAAUCUGUCUCAACUUCCAGCUAUAGCGUACAGGU